AUGCCGCCUGCAGCGGCAGGCUCACCUGCUGGCACCACCGCCACCGGCCCCGACUCGCCAGCACCCGACACAGCCCAGCCACCAGCACCACUGCCUUCGGCCAGCGCUGCACCGCCCGCCAGGCGGAGGAGGGGCCCUCCGGGAAGGUGUGGAGCAGCCAGCUACGAGGAGGAGGACGGCAGCCACCGAGGGUCGCCCCCGCUGCCACAGAUCCCCGCGGCGCCCUCUUCGCCGCCCCCCACCACCAUGCUGCAGUACUUGGAAUACGACGGCGAGCUCGCCACGGGUGAGAAGGACUCCAAGGGCGACUGUCAGCUGCACAAGUGCAGAAUCCCCUCUCCACCCGUCCACCGAUUUUUCUUUCUGUCCGUUUGUCUGCAGGUGUAG